CUGUGUGGAUCUUGCAUGCAGAAGUAAGCCAGUCGAUUUAUUUUCAAUUGGGUUAAAUUCUGACUCAGUCUCAAUUAGGUUAGUUAGUUGUUUUUGGGUAACCUUGUAUCCCCACGAGAUCUUUAUCCCCAAACAUAAUAGUUUUAUAAUGAGGCUUUAAUCCUCAGAGAUGUACUGUAUACACCUAGUCCCAUAUCCCGAUAGGCCAACAUCUUUUCCUAAGAGAUAACGCACAUAUAUCACCUGUGGACCACAACAUUUGAAUAAUGUUGGCUAUGGAACAUCGUUUCCAUGAGCGCAAACAAUAAAACCUAAUAAAAUCCAGCGAUCAGGGUUUCUGAAAGACCAUAUCGAUGCUGACACUCUUAAGAGCAGGAGUGUGACCAUCUUACAUUUCUAGAAAUGGAAAACAUCACCACAGGUGAAUGUUGUGCUUUUGAAGCUCCCAUCCUCGACACGGCUCUCCCUCCCAUCCUUAUUCUGGAGUUCAUCUUCGGACUGUUGGGGAAUUUUGUGGCUUUAUGGAUGUUUACCUUCCACAUGGAAUCCUGGAAGCCAAACUCGGUGUACCUGGCCCACCUCGCUGUAGCAGACUCCAUCGUCCUCUUCUGCCUUCCUUUCAGAGCCGACUACUACAGACGAGGAAAGCACUGGAUCUACGGGGACGUCCCAUGUCGCAUUCUGCUUUUUCUGCUGGCCGCAAACCGGGCGGCUGGGAUCUUUUUCCUCACAGCUGUGGCAGUCGACCGCUUCUUUAAAAUCGUCCACCCGUUGAACGCAAUUAACCGUAUGGGUCUGACCUAUGCUCUCUGGGUGUCAUUUGGUCUGUGGUGCCUGAUUAUUGCUGCAACUGCCUAUCUGUUAUCAGGCCCGCAUUUCUUCUACCGCGACAACCGGACACAGUGUGAAAGCUUCAACAUCUGUAUGGGGUUCAGCCCUUUGUCUACCUGGCACAAUACCUUUUAUGUCAUCCAGUUCUUUCUGCCUACUGCCAUUGUCACGUUCUGUACAAUUUCAAUUACAUGGCAGCUCAAGAACAAGACAGUGGACAAAAAAGGGAAAAUCAAAAGGGCCGUUCAGUUUGUUUUGACUGUGGCGUUUGUUUUCAUCGUUUGUUUCUUUCCCAGCACCGUCUCGCGCAUUGCUGUGUGGAUUCUCAAGGCAUGGUAUACUGACUGCAAGUACUUCAAAGAGGCCAACCUGGCAUUCUACACCUCAGUGUGUUUUACGUACUUCAACAGUGUCCUCAACCCCAUUGUGUACUAUUUUUCCAGUCCUUCAUUUAGUGGAACUUUCCACAAACUUCUGAAUAAAUUGAUGGGUAAAAAAGAGGAUGAAGAACAGUCGGCCAACGGUGGCUCCAUGCAUGUGUCAUGA